UUGCCACUGCUCAUGCAUGUGAAAAGAACAUAGCUGAUAAAAACAAGUCUCUUAAGCACAAGGUAAGGAAGUCAUUCUCGGAGAAGCAGAGAUUGUUGUAACAACGCUUAGUGGGUGUGGAGGUGAUAUUUACGGAGUUUGCUCGGAAACUGCUUCAACUAAGAAAUAUGGAAAUUUCUCUGAGCAAGCUUUGUUUGAUGUUUUUGUUAUCGAUUUAAGCUGCACAGGUGGGGUCUCGGACUCUCAAUACAAACUAUCCUCUUUCAAAUCAAGCUAGCUUUAUAUUUAAUAUUUGUUAUAUGCUAAACACUAAGCUUCUUUUGGUUUACUCAUAUUUAGGCUCUUGAGCAUGCAACUUUGAUUCCACUUUAGCUACUCAAGUCAAAAGGAGCUAAGUGCAUAAUGUACCGAAUGCAUCCUUACAUUAGCAGAUUCCCAUCGUUGCAUUUCUAUGAAAACAAACUGCUGGAUGGUGCUCAGAAGGCUGAGAAAUCAGAUCCUUUCCAUGAUCACCGUUGUCUUGGUCCAUACAUGUUCUUUGAUAUUGCCGAUGGUCAUGAGCAUGCUGGAACAAGUGCUGCUGCACAAUCACUCUCUAAUCAAUUUGAAGCUGGUGCAGCACUUGAAAUACUGUCAUUUUUAAAGAACAAAUAUCCAACAGAUUUCUCCUGUAGGAAGAUAGGGAUCAUAACUUAUGGCUAUGUUGUGGAAGAGUUCUUGCGGUGUGAGCUUGAGAAAGAAGGAGACGGCAAGUGAAAGACUGAGAAGACCAGGGAUUCUUCUUUGCCAGCCGUAAGGUGGAGGCGUUGCUUAGGGAACAUGUGCGUACAUCCUUGCUCCUUUUAUUCUUCCAGUUUUAGGUACUUUCCAGCAGGCUUGUACGGAGUACCUAUCUUGCUAUGUACUGAAUUAUUUGCAACUAUGUAGCAAACUGUAUUAGGAGAUCCAGAUAUAUAA